AUGCCUUCAAAUACAAGCUUAAAUCAUCGACAUCAACCAUCCAAUCUAUCAUUUUCAUCUGCCUCCUCUUCAUCCUCAUCCACACGACCCGCUUUACCACAAAUCCUAUCCAAUUCCGCUUCGAAUGCCGUAAACUUUUCAAGAAGUACAACACCUACCUCCAGAAGGGUCAGAUCGCAUUGGUUCACUCAUUUCGUACUGAAUUGGCGUAGAAGCUCAAGGCAAUCCAAGCUGCUGCUGGGAUGCUCCAUGACAUUGGUGGGCAUGCAAGUCAUUGCCAGUAUGGUGGUGCUGUUGUUCUCUUGGGAAAUGUAUUGCGAUAAGCCCUUGCGAGUGUUCGUCACCGUCUACAUUGUACGUCUUGUUUUAACUGCUCCAAUUACCAUCUAUCUGCAUUUAGCACCUCGUCGCAGGCCGACCAGCACCAUUAUAUCACCUCGAUCAAGUGCAAGAGCAGAAUUAAGUGAAGCAUACGCUAUGAGCGAACGUAAUCGACCUGUAUCAUUUCCACCUCCUAUAUUACCUACAUCCACAAAUCGAAACCAUUAUCCUGCUUUUCUUACGCCAGCACAACAGGCACCACAGCCAUCGUCCACAGCACCGCAUCCAUUACAGGCGACAGACACGCUGGAUGAUAACUUGUUGAAGGCAUGGAUUGAUAGAGCAAAAUCAGCGCUGGAUCUAUUUGCAGUGUUAUGGUUUAUCAUUGGCAAUUACAUGCUAUUCACCUCGUCCACUUGCUCAGACACAGCACAACCACUGUAUUACUUGUCGCUUGGAUUGAUUGUGUAUGGUUACCUGAUACUAUCUGUACCCAUCUUUUUGUGCACCUCUGUGAUCUUUUGUUUGCCCUGUGUAUUGGUGGGUAUGCGAUUAUUACAUGUGGAUGAUGGUGUUUAUAUGGGCGGUGCCACCUCUGAAGAAAUAGCAUCGAUACCAGUUUACCAAUUCAAAUCGACUGUAGGCUCCACAGAGACAUCCAACCACAUCAAACUCGUCCAUCCCUCCAUGACUACUACUACAACAGCACCACUGACAACGACUCUGUCCACUAUCACAGCCACUGCAACUACCUUGAAUGAUACCCAAAUUACCAUUGAUCUCAGCAAAUCAGAGCAUCGUCAGCAACAACAUCAAAAGCAAAAGCCUGGCUUGUUUGAUAAAUUAUGGCUGUAUUUAGGCUUGAUUGAUCCACCGUCGGAAAUAGAACCAGAGCAUGAUAUACUGGAAAUACCAGAUGUGCAAGAUCAAGUAUGCGUGAUUUGUCUAUCGACAUAUGAAGAUGGAGAUAUUCUAUGUAGACUAUGGUAA